AUGGGCGUGAUCUUAAGAUCGAAGGCAACAGCCUUGCUGACUUCGUUGCUCGCUGCAGACAUAGCUCACUGUCUCCCACAUGUGGGAAAUGCGGAAAAGGGCACUCCAGACAGCACAGGCACUAACACUGCAAGUGCUUUUGAGACCCAAUAUCCACCUUCAAACGAAGGAAGCAGGCUUUUGAUCCCUGCAUCCCAACCAGUGUAUCGAGUAGCUUUGGAGGCCGACGGUCAUCCACCGGAGCAGCCUUUCCCGUCAUUCGACAUCAUCCAAUUCAUAAACGGCUUGGGAGGUUUGUUGGGUUCAGAAGAUACAACUGCUACUUCAUUGCCUACUGCCCCUGCUGGAUCUGUGGCGGGUACAACACCGGCUCAACAAACCACUAGUGCAGUGAAAAGACCCGUUCCCACAAAUAUCUCGUUGCCGAACAAACCACGCCCUUUCACCACCAUGAACGGCCAGGAUAUCUUUCAGCCGGUUGGCACGGGCCCCGUUCCAGCCCAUAUCGAGUCUCGAAGUGACCACCCAGUGCAAAACGAACACGCAGAUACCACCAACCCCGUUGCGACGAAUAAGUUCUACGCCAGUCUGUUCCUAGGCUCGCAGACUAAUGCUACCUUCACCCAGCCCUACUCUUUGGCAUGGUCCAAGGGAAGUGGCUCUCUGAAAAGCUGGGGUAUGGGUGUCUCCCAUGUCCCCUUCAACAUGCUCGCGUUUGGUCCUGAAAACGACAAGCUUCCUGGAAAUCCACCGCAGUACUACAUUAAUCCAGUCGGUCUUCAACAACUAGUUUUCUCUGCAACAGAGUUUGACCAGUCCACCAUCCUGAACACCGAACAGCCAACAGCCUUCUCGGCCCACGCUGUUCUUAAGCGUUCCAAAGGGUCAGCUCAGCAAAUUACUUUCCCUGUUGUUCAAGGUAUGGGCUACAUAACAGCGGUUUAUAAGGAUUUGGAGCCACUGAUCGAAAGUGGCGUUUUCUUCCGCAAGGUUGUCAAUGCCGGUUCGCCGAGACCCGGAAUCUUCAAGUACAAGGUUGAUCUUGAGGAUGACACUACCUGGCUUCUAUAUGCCACUCCGGCUGAUGGCCAGGACCCGGAGUUCAAGCUCGUCUCUAAGGUCAACCUUCGCGGUCCUCGUGGCUUUUCUGGUACUAUCCAAAUCGCUAAGAACCCUGCCGGCACAUCUGGCGAGAAGUUCUAUGACAACUCGUCCGGUGUUUACCCUGUAGCAGGAAAUAUCACUGGCUCUGUGACUGGUAAUACCGGAACCUACAGCCUCUCUUGGACCAAGGCUGGAAAAGAUGUCAAAGACACUCCUCUGAUCAUGUUUGCCCUGCCUCAUCACAUCCAGUCUUUCGACCAUCCCACCAAGGGCCGUAUCACCGAUAUUAACCUUCGCACCACCACGAAGGGAAAUGCCACUGCCGUUAUUGGAGAAAGUUGGACUAUGGUUGAGCCUAACUUGCCCGUCGAUAUGGGAUUUGCUCCAUGGUCAACCACCCAUGGCAGUGCCCACCGACUCCCGCCUGCUGCCCAUCAUGCCAUUCUCGAGGCUGCUCCACACGAGCUUAAGCAGAACAUCUCUGACCAGACAGACCUCAAUAGCAUGUACUACAGUGGCAAGGCGUUGAGCAAGUUCGCAACCCUGAUACACACCGUCACACGGCUCAGCAACAACGACGAGCUGACAACCGGUGCCUUCCAGGAGUUGAAGAAGUCCUUCGCUCGCUUCGUAGAAAAUAAGCAGCAAUUCCCACUUGCCUACGAUACUGUGUGGAGGGGCGUUGUCUCAACCGCCGGAUACAAUGGUGACUUGAACCAAGACUUUGGAAACACCGCGUACAACGACCAUCAUUUCCAUUACGGCUACUUCAUCCAAGCAGCCGCCAUAAUUGGCUCCCUCGAUCACCGCUGGCUGGCUGAGAACAAGGAUUGGGUCAACAUGCUUGUUCGUGACGCAGGUAAUUCCGUUCCAAAUGAUCCCCUCUUCCCCUUCUCCCGCUCGUUCGAUUGGUACAACGGUCACUCAUGGGCCAAGGGCCUAUUCGAGUCCUACGAUGGCAAGGAUCAGGAAUCCACCUCGGAGGAUACCAUGUUCGCCUAUGCGAUCAAGAUGUGGGGACAGACAACCCGCGAUGCCAGCAUGGAAGCUCGUGGCAACAUGAUGCUAGGCAUCUUGGGUCGAUCCCUCAACAACUACUUCUUGAUGGAGGAUGACAAUGUCAACCAGCCGCGUAGCUUUAUCGCAAACAAGGUCACUGGAAUUCUAUUUGAGAACAAGGUCGACCACGCUACUUACUUCGGUGGUAAUCUCGAGUUCGUCCAAGGUAUCCACAUGCUGCCACUUAUGCCUCACAGUCCCUUCACACGGCGAAAGGAGUUCGUGCGACAGGAAUGGCAGGCCAUUUUUGCCGAGAAUGCAUCAACUCCCGCCUCAAAGGUCGAAGACGGAUGGAAGGGCGUGCUUUACGCCAAUCUUGCUCUCAUCGAUCCUAAAUCGUCGUGGGAGUUCUUUGCCCAGCCAAACUUCAAUUAUAGCUGGAUUGAUGGUGGUGCAACCCGUACUUGGUACCUUGCUUUUGCCGCUGGUCUCGGUGGCGCUCUUCAAGGAUGA